ACUGGUGUGAAUAACGUAUUAAUGUGAAUGGAACAGGGUUAAAGUUUAACUUGUUUGCAUGGAUUGCUGGCGGGACUCUGCAGUGCAGGUGCACUGUCCGGGGGCAGACACUGGUGCUCGGGUCGCCCUUCGUGGGGCAGCGAUGCAGCGGCCGAGCACGCUGGCUGCCGAUGCCGACUGACCUUCCUCGGCGCCGCCGGAUAGGGGGUUAUGAAGGAAGAAUGGAGUUUCCAGAUCAUAGCCGGCAGUUGCUGCAGUGUCUGAGUCAGCAGCGUCACCAGGAUUUUCUCUGUGAUUGUACUGUUCUAGUUGGAGACGUUCAGUUUAGAGCCCAUCGUGCAGUGCUUGCUUCAUGCAGCAUGUACUUUCAUCUAUUCUACAGGGACCAGCUGGACAAAAGAGACAUUGUGCAUUUAAACAGUGACAUUGUCACAGCUCCUGCCUUUGGCCUGCUUCUUGAAUUCAUGUAUGAAGGAAAACUUCAAUUUAAUAGCCUACCAGUUGAAGAUGUGUUAGCUGCAGCCAGUUACCUUCACAUGUACAACAUUGUGAAAGUCUGUAAGGGGAAAUUGAAAGAUAAAGAACUGUGUGUAGAUGAAAAAAUGAAUGGUAAUGCACUUGGACUGGUGAAAGAAGAGAGUUCUUCAGAACGUGAUGAACCGAUACCGCAUAAUUUUGACGCACAAAGCAAGCAAAAUUGUACUAUUGUGGAUUAUAAAAAUCCUGCAGGCAGUGAAAAGAUUAAUGGACACUCUAGGAGACUGUCUGAUCUUGUAGGUAUCACUUCUGUAUCUACAGAGCCAGAAUCAUGCAAUGCAGCAACUGGAAAAACAAAGUCCAGUAUUAAUAGUUCCAUAGGACUUUUGCCUCAAAGAACUAUUGACCAUAUCAAGGCCUCUGCUGAUGUGGACUGUGCUCUAGAUCUGUCUUUCAAGCCUGUGUCUGGAAGAGAUUUAUUUUACUCCCCCUAUGUUUCUGGACAGCUGGCCUCCGGCAGGCAGCAGCAGGGCACCACGCCACUUGUUGGAGAUGAACGAGAGUUGCUGUCAGACCAGGAGGACAGUGAAGAAAUGGAUCCAGCAAGUCAGAAUGGGAAUUCUGCCAACGGCAUGAUUGCAGGAUUUGGACCUGUAUUCCCAGGGAAUGGUGUGCCACACAACGAAGGAAUAGAACAAGAACGGGAUGGGAGUGAGGAUGAAAUGCCGUCAUCUGAUAUUUCAAACACAAGGAUGGUGAUGUCAACAGGACACAUUUUUAUUUGCCCUCUCUGUAGCAAAGGCUUCCCAAGUCCGCACGUUCUUCAGCUUCAUCUGAGUACUCACUUCAGGGAAAAAGAUGGUCCUCGGGCCAAAAUGUCUACUGAUGGUUCCAUGCCUACCUGUUUGCAAUGUGGGAAAACCUUUUCCUGCAUGUACACACUGAAACGUCAUGAGAGAACUCACUCGGGCGAGAAGCCCUACACCUGUGGUCAAUGUGGAAAGAGCUUCCAGUACUCUCAUAAUCUCAGUCGUCAUGCAGUUGUGCACACCAGGGAGAAGCCACAUGCCUGCAAAUGGUGUGAAAGACGAUUUACGCAGUCGGGCGACCUGUACAGGCACAUGCGCAAGUUCCACUGUGGUCUUGUCAAGAGCAUUGCUAUCAGAUAAUGUUUCAAAGUCUAGCAGCAAAUCUAGACAUCUUCUUUAAGACUGAUGUGCGUCUCUGGAAAACUUGCAUGGUUUCAGUUAGUGUAAAGAAACAAUUCCACUGCAUGGCUUUCCUGCAUUAAGUGUGUGAAAGAACACUGCUUUCAAUAUUCUAUACAUAAAGUUUAAAGCUGCAGUACCUAAUAGGAAACAAUUUUUCAAUAUUUCAUUAUUUUUGUUUAAUAUUGAAUUAUCAUGCUCAUACUUUCCCAAAAAUGAAACAUUCAGGAGCUUUGGUCAUUAAAGUUAAUAAUUAGUUUCCAUCUCCCCUUGGAUCUUAAUGCAUAUAAAUGUACACCAUUUGGGAAUAGUGAACAUUAAGGGUAGAGUUUGUCUUUUUCCAUCAUUAAUAUAGUAGCCACAUUUGAAAAUCUAUAAUUCAAUCCACUAAUUGAGCAACACUUUGUUUUACAGACUAUUAUCAAGUAAAAUAUGACCUUUCAAAAUAAAGCUAAUACUGGCAAUUGUUAAAUGGCUAAGUCUGAUCUGUUAAAACCUAAACAAAAGUUUUUAUAACUCUUCCUGAAAUAAUUUUAUAGUACAUAGUUACACUCAAUGACAAUAUGAAAUUUCACUUAGCAACAUCACCAAAUAACAUUCUAAAUGAGAGGGAAAUCAAUUGUGAUGUUUUACUAUAUGGUACUGCAGUUUUUAUCUGUGAAUUUGGGACACUCUGGUCUUAUCGCCUGGACAAAUUCAAUUAUGAAGUGUUGCAUUUUGUUGUUUGCUGUGAUUGGAAUAUAGCACUAAGAACAACUACUUAAUGUUAUUGCAUUCUCCUGAUGAAACUUGAUACUGUAUUUAUAGCAUUUUGAUGGUUUGGGAUGCAGUGGUUAUUUUGUUUAAUGUUCUAUUUAGAAAAUUAAAUUAUAAAAUAUUUUUGGAACUUUAAUUUUCUUCAAAUAUAGUGGUCUUUUAAAAAUAUCAAUGCAGCAAGUGGGCAAUGUUAUGAAAAUUGAGUUCUAUGCCUGAUUAAAAAGAUUCAUACAAUAGCAAUUACUACUGAUCAUUUUUAAACUUUUCUUUAUUUAACCACAAAUCUUGUUUUCUUGAAAUCUGGUAUAAUUGUUAUUUUUUUUUGAGUUUCCUGGUCAUUAUUGGGUAUUACUGAACCAUACCAGAACAACUACAAAAUUGUUUUGAAAAGGUAAAAUGUGAAUUCACUUUUUUAAAUUUGAAGAUCAAAAACCAUAUAAUGUAUAUUUUAAAAUUGUAUUGCACACUUGAAAAUAUUUUGCACUCUUGUGUUUUGUUUGAAUUUUUAAAAAUUCAAUUUACCAUAACUGCUUAAUAAAAUAGGCAAUUUCAAGAAAAGAAUUAAAAACUGGAGACCUAACCUAAAAUAUCAAUAGGUCAAACAGGUAAAAUAUGUAAUAGUUUUGUAUAAUCAAAAAAAUUUAUUUAUAGUUUUUGUGAUCUUUUCAGAGUUGCGUGUAUUAUUUGUAUCCUUGAAAUUUAUUAAUGGAGAGUUUUUAGUAACAAUGUAGCAGAGGCAUUAGAAUGGAGGUUUUUUUUUACAAAACUUUUAUUGCAUUUUUUUUUAAUAGGAAUUACUUCCUUGUUUAAAUUUUAACAUUUUAGUGUGGUCUUUAGAGGACAAUCGGAAAAUGAAGGUUUUUUUAUAUUGAUUAAACCUGUUAGCGCUUAUUCAACAAGAUGUCUUUUCAAUUGUUUUUAUUUUGCCACUGUUUCAGUGUGUUGUAAAACUGUGACAAUCGUGACUAGACAUUUUUGUGUGUGUUUUUAGUUUUAACAAUUUUUUAAAAACUUUGUAUAUUAAGAUUCCUAAUUUUGUGUGCUUUCAUUUUUGUUCAGUGCAAAGUCUAAAUGCCUGUAUAUUUUGUGAAGACGUGCCUUCAUAUAUUACCUCAUUCAAUGGAUUGAAUAAUCAGUGCACGGUUGCAUCCUGUUUAGGAAAAUGAACAACUUAUUAAAAGAACUGAUGUUUA